AUUAUUUAACUAAAAAUACUGUCGAUCAUCCACUUUGUAAAUCUUAUUCUAUUGCUUUAUUCUAUUAUAUUCUGUUACCUAUUUAUAUUAUAUUUUAAGAUAUUCUUUAGUCUUAUUCUAAUUGUUUCACAAAACGAACAUUCAAGACGUAAUCUAUCUGACAUUUUCUUCUCUUGCAAGCAUUAAGACCUCUGAUAAAGUGCAUGGUCAACGAUUGGGACACAGUGACGAACGAAGCCGAACGAGAAACAAUGGUGAACAUCUCGAUAAUCACCAGAAAGACUACCAUGAGAAGCACAUUGAUGGUUAACAUCGUCGUUCUCGCUUUUCUACCUGCACGACUAUCUAACGUGAGAUACAACGACAGCGCACUGUUCUUUCGUGGCUAUUUCCCCUACAACACCAGCAUCAGUCCAAAUUUCGAAUUGACGAUGAUCGGUCAAUUCGUCGCUACCGUUUAUGCAGCGAAUACCUACACAGCUAUAGAUACUUUUGUCGUCCUGCUGAUUUUUCAUGUCUGUGGACAGCUUUCGAAUUUAAGAGACGAUUUACGGAAGAUUCAUACGUACAGUAAGAAAGAUGUAGAAACGAAGUUGCAGAAAAUUAUUCAGAAGCACGAAUAUAUUAACAGUUUCGGUGAUGAGAAAUUAUUAAAAUUCGCAAUUUUUCAGAGUACGGAAAUAGCUAACACGGCGUACUAUGCCGAAUGGUACAAUUUACCUCCCAAGAGUGCAAAAUGGCUUGUAAUUAUUAUGUGCCGUGCCAGAUCUUCACCGUUAAAAAUUACAGCAGGCAGAUUUUAUUGGUUUACUCUAGCGCUAUAUACUCAGGUAAGUGUAAACGAGUUCUAAUACGAUUUACGAACACAAACAUUCUUAACAAUUCUGUCAUAAAUUGCGAAGGGUCUGACAGCUACAGUGACCAAUUUAUAACGCAUUGUCAAUUGUUAACACAACAAAAAUUAUGACAAAUAUUAGAUGAUUGCUGUUCAAUUGCUGAUCAAUUCUAGCAGCACUGACUAUAGGCUCAAAAUAUAUCGAUACAAUUUAGGUACCAAAUUCUGAAACACAUCCUGUGUAAAAGAUACAAAAAUAUCUCGCAAUUCAAAUACUAUAGGUUACUUUCUAGGGUAUUAAGAAAGGUGGAUAUAGUAGAAGAAAAAAGCGUACGAAUAUAGAGAAUAUAGAGAACUAAACUAAAAAAUAGAUAUGCGAUAUUGUAUAUAGAUUAAGAAAUGAAAAAAUAUGUACACGGUGUUCACGGUAUUCUUAGACAGCGUUUUUAUCGUAAACGUUAAAUAUGAGGAUAAAAUGAAUAAAGAAUAAGUGUUACUGUUAUUUGUAAGUAACAUAAUGGCGUAUGUAAUUUUUUUAUGUGUGUAAUAAUAUACGUGCAAGUCUUUAGAUGUGACGAUACUCUAGAAAAAAUAUAGGAUCGAAUGGGAGUUUGAAAAAUAUUUAAUCCAAGUCUCCCUUUUCGGGCUGCAAAGCCGAAAAAUAAAUAAAUAUAUAUAGGGGAGAAUCCUACGGUACUGACCGGCAUACAAUAGCGACUAAAAUUAGUUCUAGCUUGUUAGUUCUAGUUCUAGUUUGUUAGUUCCAGUUUGUUCCACUGCUUUCACUGUCCUGACAUAUUAAACGUGUAUGUUGAUAUUCCGAAUGUGAGAAGUUUUUCUUUAUGGUGCUGAUAUUUUAUUUGUCAGGUAAGUAAAUGAUUUUUACUAUUUUUUUUAUUGUAUAUACUAUAUCUAAUC